AUGACGGAAGCUUCUUUUAAUCGUACAAAUGAACUUCGUGAAGAUCAAGAAGAAGAAAUUGAAGAGUCAUUACGUAAAGGUGAACUUGAAAUUAGUAAGGGCUUGAAUCAAGAACUAGGUUUUGCUAGAGCAAGUAAUACUCUAUGGAGAUCUCAUUAUAAAUCCUUUAACAAUUUUAUUCUUAUGUUUGGUUCUAUCAUUGAUGUACUUGAUACUAUUGCUAUUAAUGCACUUCUUGAAGAGAAAUGUAGGAUAAAGGAAUAUCUUAACAAAUGUUUAGCAUUUGAGGUUGUCUUUAUGUUGCAUUUCAUGCGCAAUGCUUUAACAAUCAUAAAUGAUCUAAAUGCAGCUUUUGAAAAGAAAGAGCAAGACAUUGUAAAUGCCAUAUUACUUGUUGGAGUGACAAAGGAUCGAUUGCAGCUAUUACAGGAUGAAGCCUGGCAGGAGCUGACUCACCUUGACACAAGGGGUGUCACCCGAUAA